AUGCCGCCGGCCGAGGCCACAGACUUCCUACUUCCACUUGUCAUCAUCUGUGACCUUCUGGGCAAGGAGCCCGUCCCUGCAGGGGGCUGGGGGGCCGUCUUCAAGAAGGCCUGGGGGGCGGGGCGGCUCAGCAGGUGCCAUCCAGCAGCCUGUGUCCCCAGGGGGAGGCCUGAGGCGGGCUUGGUGGGGGGGGGGGGGACAGAGGGAGAAAACGGCCACGCAGUGUGUGGCUCCGGGGCCACCCCGUUCCCGUGUCUCACAGCCUGGCUGCACCUCCGAGCCUGGCCAGACCCCGUGUUCGAGGGAGACGCCCUGACUCUGCGAUGUCAUGGAUCGGCCAACAAGGCCCUGUCCCAGGUGAAGUUCUACCAAGACGGAAGAUUACUCCAAACCCCGAAGACCAGAUGGUCCCUGUCCAUGGGGACGGCUACCCUGGAAAGCAGCGGCCAGUACAGCUGCUCUGGGAAGGUGGCCUACGUCCCAUACCUGGGCAGACAAACCUCAGAGCUGGUCAAGGUUCAAGUCCAAGAGCUGUUCCCGCCUCCUGUGCUGAGCGCUGUCCCCUCUCCCGAGCUCCGUGAGGGGAGCCCGCUGACCCUGAGAUGCCAGACGAAGCUGCAUCCCCAGAAGUCGGCCUCGAGGCUCCUCUUCUCCUUCCACAGAGAUGCCAGAACCUUGCAGGACUGGGGCCCCCACCCGGAGCUCUACGUCCCAGGAGCCCAGGAGAGAGACUCUGGGCUUUCCUGGUGCCGGGCCACCCUUGAGGGUGGUGUGGCCCAGAAGCAGAGCCCCCAGCAGGAGGUCAGGGUGCAGGGUGAGUGGCAGAGGCCAGUCCGCAGAGAGGUCCACUCCAGCAACAGGGGAGAAGGAGAUGCGGCGGGCUCCACGGAGAGGGCGCCGGCACACGGGGAAGAGUGGAGGGGGGCCAGGCUUCCUGAGGGUCUGGAGCCCACCUGCACACAGGGCCCCGCGCCCGCCUCUCUCUGCUCCUUCUCCCGUGCGUGCCUCUGUGGGGCUCUCCCCGCCUCUCCCUCUAACAGACGCUCGGCUGCCAUCACGAAGUGUCCGGGUGGUGGGGCGGGGGAGCUUCAACAAUGAAAAUAUGUCCUCACUGUCCUGGAGGCUGGAAGUGGUCUGUCGAGAUGGUAGGAAGG